ACCCGACCGGCUCCAGGGAGGGAAACUAGUCCUUCUGGCUGAAAGGUGACAGAACCGCCGAUGUUCUGAUGCAGAACCUGGACCUGAGGUUCUGGAAGGAGGCAGAACGGGUUCCACACCGAGCUGCACGAUCUCAAACUUCAGCUGAUUGUGGGGAAACUGCUGGUUCGGUCCAAUAAAGUCCAACUUUCUGAUCCGUUUAAAAGUUGUUUCUGCUACAAAGUCCAAACGGGCCACAGAACUUCAGACAGAACCGGGUUUUUAUAAAAUCUGCUGAACAAUCAGGGUCCAGAGUGGAAGUGAUGCAGCAGAACCAAACCAAGGGGUAAGCUGGGAGUGAAGGGAACCGGUCCGGCACCAGAACCGGGCCGGCUGAACCUUGGUUUGGGUCGGCCUGCUGUGUAAACAUGGAGUCAGAACGAUAAACAGCCGGGGGUCCGAAGUCCGGCAGCCGCCAGGAACCAGCAGGUCCACAGUUCUGGACCUCACAGAGGUUCUGCUCAGGUUCUACUGAAGAGCAGCUGCUGCUACCCAGGGUUGGUUCAGAAACACACCAGAACCGGCCCAGAAUUCUACAAACCCAGAACACAUUUAGUGCUUUAUAUUAAAAAGUCUUUAUAAGUUCACAGGGAAUAAAAAAAACUGCUUAUAAACGCUUAAAUUAGGAAGUGGUGACCAAACUUUGGGUCAGCACCAUCAGAACCAGAGAAGCAGAAGUUCUGUAGAACUUCCUGAAACUGGGUUUCCUGACGGUCGAUACCGGCGUGUUCAUCCCAGCGGUCAUCGACCUCAGACUGCAGCCUCAGAUCGGGUCGGUUCUCCCAGAGACGCUUCACAUUCAGCCGCCGGCGCCUCACAGCAACAGAACCUCGGUCCAACCCGACAAUCUGAGCAGAAGGCGUCUGAGACCCAGUCAGCAUGGCGCUGUGCAUCCAGGUUCUGGGCCUGGUUCUGGGCAUCGUGUCCUGGUGUCUGCAGUCCAGCUGCACGUCCUCCCAGAUGUGGAAGGUGAGGAGUCAGGCGGAGUCGGUCACCACCAGCUCCCGGCAGUUCGAGGGCCUGUGGAUGAGCUGUGCCGCCUCGGCGCUGGGAUCCAUUCAGUGCAGCAGGUUCAAGACGGUGCUGGGCCUCCCUGCUCACCUGCAGGCCUGCAGGGCUCUGAUGAGUCUGUCCCUCAUCCUCGGCCUCGCCUCAAUCGUCGUCUCCGUUCUCGGCCUCAAGUGCACCAAGAUCGGCCGGACGCCGGAGAAGCUGAAGGAGCAGAUGGUCCUGAGCGGAGGGGUCCUCUUCAUCCUGUCUGGCGUCUUCACCCUGACCGCCGUGUCCUGGUACGCUGCCAGAGUCAUCAACGACUUCUACGACCCGUUCCACGGUGGACUGAAGUUCGAGCUGGGAACCGGUCUCUAUCUGGGCUGGGCCGCCUCCAGCCUGGCCAUCCUGGGCGGAUCUCUGCUCUGCUGCACCUGCAGGAGGAGCUGCUCCACGCCGCCUGACAGGCAGUUCUCUUACUACUCUAACGCCGGCGGAGGCCAGAGCAUCUACAAAGCCGCCCCAGCCGCUGAGAGCAGCGGCUCCAACGCUUACGUCUGAUCCGGUCCAGCCAUCCUCCUGCAGUGCUGAGAACGUCUGCUGAGUAGAAAUCUAAGCUACUCGCUGCUCCACAUCCAGAUAACUGCGUUAUGUCCUCAGCACACCACGAGGUUCUGCAGGAGCUCGUUAACGACCCGCUCGUUUAACCCGAGGCAGCAGCAGAACAUCCCUGGAGGAGCCGUGGGUCUGAAGUGCUUGUUGCCCGUUAGUCUGGCAGAUAAAAGCGUGGAUCAGCUCGUUUAUUUAUUCUAAAAGCUAAAUGUUUUAUGAUUUUCCACUUUUUCAGUUUCUAAUUUAGCCUGUAGUUCACCCUUCUGCUCAGCAGGGGGCAGCAGAUGAUGGCGAUAGUGCCUGAAAGCUGCCUGGACCUUCCUUUGGAGGUUCUGAGCUCAGACAGCUUCAUGGAGACACGCCGGCUCUUUGUUUGUGUCUGUCCUGGUUUAUGUGAAUGAUAAAUAAAAUCUGAACAAAACAAAA